AUGUCCUCCCAACCCAACCGACCAACCCCCUUCUCCUACGCUACCUGCUCCAUCACCGCGCCCUCCCUCCCCGCCAAACUCGCUGCCAUCGCCAAAGCAGGCUUCACGGGCAUCGAGCUCGCCUUUCCGGACCUCCUCGACUACGGCACCAAGGUCCUGGGUCACGCUGUCGCAGACAAGGACGAGGACGAGGACGAGUUAGUUGAGGUCGCCGAGAAGGUGCGCGAGCUGUGUCGCGAACAUGGGCUCGAGGUGAUGAUGUUGCAGCCGUUUGCGAAUUUUGAGGGAUGGCCGAGAGGGUCGAGGGAGAGGGAGGAUGCGUUUCGGAGAGCGAGGAGAUGGAUUGCGGUGAUGGGGAAGUUGGAGACGAACAUAUUACAGGUCGGAUCGACCGAUAUACCCGCGGAAGAGCUCUCCCCGAGUCGCGAGAACAUCAUUGCCGAUCUGCGCGAACUGUCGGAUCUGCUCGCCGAGAAGGGGAUGUGGGUCGCGUACGAGAACUGGUGCUGGUCGACACACGCACCGACAUGGAAGGAUGUCUGGGAGAUUGUGUGCGACGUGAGGCGCCCGAACGUCGGGCUGUGUCUGGAUUCGUUCCAGACGGCGGGCUCGGAAUGGGGCGAUCCGACGACGGAGUCCGGGCGCAUGCAAGACAACCCCCUAGGAUUGAUGAAUCAGCGGCUGGAGCAGUCGCUGGCGGAACUGUCGAGGGAGGUGCCGCCGGAGAAGAUCUAUUUGCUGCAGGUGUCGGAUGCGUAUAAGCCGACGAAGCCGCUGGAGACGGAAAGAGUGGAUGGCAUGUGGCCGCGCGCGCGAUGGAGUCAUGAUUAUCGACCCUUGCCGUACGACGGGGGAUACUUGCCUAUUGAGGCGGUGGCAAGAGCGGUGCUGAAGACAGGGUUUCAAGGGUGGUUCUCCAUGGAGGUGUUUGAUGGAGGGCCGGAUGGUCGGGGGAAACAGUAUGACCCGGAAGAGUAUGCGGAGAAGGCGAUGCGAAGUAUGAAGGAGUUACUGGAGAAUUCUGAGCGAACCUGUAUAGAUAAUCAUUGA